CACCCGCACCCGCCACCCUGGUAGCCCCAUGGCCGCCACCUGUGAGAUCAGCAACGUUUUCAGCAACUACUUCAGCACCAUGUACAGCUCAGAGGACCCCGCGCUGGCCUCUGUGCCCCCCACGUCCACCUUUGGGGCCGAUGACCUGGUGCUGACCCUGAGCAGCCCCCAGAUGCCACUGGAGGCCACAGAGAAGGCCAGCUGGUCGGGGGAGCAGCCGCAGUUGUGGUCAAAGGCCCAGGUUCUCGAUUGGAUCAGCUACCAGGUGGAGAAGAACAAGUACGACGCGAGCUCCAUCGACUUCUCGCGGUGCGACAUGGACGGGGCCACGCUCUGCAGCUGCGCCCCCGAGGAGCUGCGUCUGGUCUUUGGACCUCUGGGGGACCAGCUCUAUUCCCAGCUGUGGGACCUCACAGCCUCCAGCUUUCCUGACGAGCUCAGCUGGAUCAUUGAGCUGCUGGAGAAGGACAGCACGACCUUCCAGGAGACCCUGGGAGACCCCGGCCCCUUCGACCAGGGGAGCCCCUUCCGCCAGGAGAUGCUAGAUGACUGCCCACAGGCCAGCCCCUACUACCCGGGCAGCUGUGGGGCAGGAGCCCCCUCCCCGGGCAGCUCUGACGUCUCCACCACAGGGACAGGAGCUUCUCAGAGCUCCCACUCCUCAGACUCCGGUGGAAGUGACGUGGACCUGGAUCCCACUGACAGCAAGCUCUUCUCCAGCGACCCCUUUCCUGACUAUAAGAAGGGGGAUCCUAAGCACGGGAAGCGGAAACGGGGCCGGCCCCGAAAGCUGAGCAAGGACUCCCGGGAGUGUCUGGAGGGGAAGAAGAGCAAGCACGCCCCCAGAGGCACCCACCUGUGGGAGUUUAUCCGGGACAUCCUCAUCCACCCGGAGCUCAACGAGGGCCUCAUGAAGUGGGAGAACCGGCGAGAGGGCGUCUUCAAGUUCCUGCGCUCCGAGGCCGUGGCCCAGCUGUGGGGCCAGAAGAAGAGGAACAGCAGCAUGACUUACGAGAAGCUGAGCAGGGCCAUGAGGUACUACUACAAGCGGGAGAUCCUGGAGCGCGUGGACGGCCGGCGGCUCGUCUACAAGUUUGGCAAGAACUCCAGUGGCUGGAAGGAGGAAGAGGUCGUCGCGAGUAGGAACUGAGGGUCCCACCAGAGCCGGAACCGCACGCAAGGACUCGAAGCCUGAAGCCCCUCCAGGGAGGACCCCGGGCCUCCGCUGUCGGGCACGCUCGCCGCUGCACUGAGGAGAGGAGACGAGGCUCUGGGACACUGACAGCCGUCGUCUGGAUUGGGGCCUGUGGCCUGUCCUCUCUGCCCUCCUCGUGGAAUUACAAGCCCUGCGUUUGAAGGACUUUGCUGA